UAUCCGUGCCAGUUUCACAGGUGAAUCAUUGAAAAGAAUCUUCCAAACGUUUCGUAGCUAUUUUUAAUGUGUUAUACAUAGUAAAGGUUCUUUCAUUAUCCAGAUUCUGGACGGUAUAAACGUUCGUUUUCCUGUGAAAUUAUUUAAGUGCUUCAAGAAACUGUGGAGAUACAAGCCCUCCCUGGAUUUUAGUAAACCGUCCACGAAUCAAAAUCUCGUGCUCUCGUGACUUCGAACGCGACUUGAGCUGACACCUGGUUCGUUAUCGUCUGCAGUGGUACCUCCAUGCUGGAUUAGCGUCUCCUGUUUCGCCAUUUCGAUUUUCUCAGUGCGGAUAAAUAGUCUGCAAAAUGUAUUUCUAUCACCCACAUACUGGCAGAUUCGAACAGGUUAGGCUAUAAUACGGGCGGGAACCAUGGUUAAAAGGAGGUCCCGAUUUAUGCCCGGCUUCCAGUCCCGCUUUAUGCCCGCUCCAAGACCACUUCCGAGCACGAGGUCCUCAGUGCGCGCGACAACAUUUGCCCCGGUCAGUUCCAGAUACGCAUAUGACGAUAUCUAUGUUCCCCACAGACCAUCUGUGCUUCCACACUACUCAUAUGACACAUCAGGGAGCGAAUAUGCAACAGCGUCGGAUAUCAACCGGGAGCUAAUCAUGUCAUCUGCAGCCAUGGAGGACAACUUCGACAUCUCGGCAAGGUCUAGACAGAGAGACAAGGACGUUCUGGCAGCCGCAAACAGAGCUAUCAGUACCCCUGUGGAAACACCAACACUAAAUGAGCCCUUGCAAUCCAGCGCUGAUACCACGGGCUAUACAAGACGACGAUCGACAGCCAGGCGCUCCAAAGCACCACGCUCAAAUAGUGUACCACCAAAACGACCAACAUACACAACCACCACCACAAUUCUACCUUUAGAUUUAAAAGCAUCUGAUCCACCAAAACCAUCAGCAUAUCUCAAUUAUUCAAAAACAUUGGACAACAUCAGACAAUUAAGAGGCGGCACAUAUGAUCCCAUGUACUCUGACACGGUUCGAACAUCAUUUUCACCUGCACGCGAUCUCUCGCCUUAUAGAACGGAAUCGCCAUUUAGAUCUUUAUCGCCAUACAGAUCUGUCUCGCCAUAUCGGGAUGUAUCACCAUAUAGAGACACGUCACCUUCUUUAUUAGAAACAAGGUCGCGACUGGUAAAAAAACGACAUAAACCGCCGCGAGUUCUUGCUUCGAAGAGAAGGGUGGGAAACUAUUAUGACCGUCUUUUGUCGAAAAAGUCGAAGAGUGGUAAAGAAGGAAAAUAUUGGCCGUAUAUUGACGUUGAAGAUAUCGAUAAAGAAAGUUUAGGCGAUAUAUUAAGUGAUACAGAGCAAGAUUCUACAGGCAAUAUAAAUUCUGGUUACCACUAUGACUACGUUAUAACAGGUGGUGAUGAUGGGUUAGGUGGAUCUUAUGAACCAGUAACUUAUUCGUAUAAUUACGAACCUGAAUCAGACAUUCCGGAUGAUUACGUACCUUUUAGGCCUAGAGCAAGGGUUGUAAGUCCUGAGCGCGACUAUUCACAAAUGUCAAUAUUACCUUACCUUCCGGCUCGCGAUCCUUCUAAAAAUACGGCGCAGGACGAUAUUUCAUUUAAUGCAGUUGUAGCCGCUUCGGCUGCAAGAGCGCGAAGAGCAUUAGAAAAUAUUAAUUGGAACGAGUAUGAAAGUGCCGGCCUCGUUCUGAGUGUAGAAGGGGAAUAUACGCCUCCUUCAGAAGAAGCCGCGUUAGGGUUUCGGUAUGUCAGCCGCCCAAUUAUGCUUAAGAUACCCGCAAGUCAGAGAGUACGCGCAUCUGAUUCCGACAAUGCAUUUACCAAAUAUAUGACGGAUUUACAAAAAUUCAGGGAGGGUAUACGUGCGCGUUUAGAGGACGGCUACAAGGCGAUAUCGCGGGAGACCGCCUCAUGUAUUGCACCCACACUACCAGCAAUUACAUCAUCAUCAUACACAUCAAUGUACACUCGACCAAUCAGAAAACCAUAUCGAUCACGCCUGACGGAAGACACAGGAUACAAAUAUGGGCACAGCUUAGAGUUAUAUCCCCUGUCAAGUGGAUCAAGUUCAAGGUCAUUGACGUCAUCUGAUGAUCUUCCACAUUCGGGGUCUAUCAAACUGUACGACUCUAAACACGAAAAAUACGAUAAAUUAGGGACUUUGGCGAGAGUCGAAAUUAAGGCGGCACUUCUAGCAAAUAAGGUGGAAGUUAACCUACCCACAAGAAAGCGUUCCCCCAGGUCUAGCUAUGCACAGGCUAAACUCAGACAGAUGCGCAAAGAGAAGCAAAGGGAUGAUGUCGACGUUGAACCCGUUGUAUUUGCUGAGGUUACUUCCGGCCUUAAAGCGCACGCGCCAGUUUAUGACCCUACCUUUGGGAAACCCUACUGGGGUGUAGAGGGCGUCAGAAAGCCAAAUAUAAUGUCGUGGCAGUAUAGAUUAGACACAUAUGCGUCUCCGGACGACUUGAUUAUAGUGCCGCGAUCACUAAAUGCCGUACGAUCACAGUUACGAGAAGCGCAUGACAAGCUCGAUCAUCAUAAACAACUCGUGGACAGAUAUCUCGUCGCUGACAAGGGCUUCUCUGUGGAAGACAGCAUUGUUCUUAUGAACAUCAAAAACCAGGCGCCAAACUCAGAGCCUGUUUCGCUUAAUGAGGCCAAGAAAUCGGACAAGGUGAAGAAAAACAGACAGAAGCUUAUGCGAAAACAUCAGAAUGAAAAUUGACGCUAUGAAGCGCUUCAUUUUUUUGGGAUCAUCUGCCCCUAAUACACUACUACUGACUGAUUUACAUCAUUUGUGUGCUUACAUGUUAUUGACUGAAAUGACUGAGAGAAAACCAUGAGAAUAAUGAUAACUUUUGAACGAGAAACCCGUGCUAAUAUUCCACUUAAAAUCUAUGGACGCUAGUUUCGAAUACCAGGAAGUUAUGAUUUCUGAAGUGACGUCAUUAUGAACAGACUGAAUGUUGUUGACAUUAUAAUGAGGUCGAGAAUAAAUUGCUGCUCCGUUCCACAGAUUAGGCUUCGAAAGUCCUAAAAGAUGUUUUAAGGGUUUUAUUUAUUUAUUUAUUAUUGAUUUGGUAAUGUUAGUAGGCCUCUCCAACUUGAUAUUUAAGAAUUUGAAAAUAUUAUUUGAACUAUUGUUGUGCUUUUGUUUUAUAUAUUGUUAGGCUGUAUAUGAUUUUUGGUUCUGAACGUAUGUAAAUAGUUGUUUCUGUUUUAAAAGUUUACGAAUAUUUCCUCCUAUAAUCCAAAUGUAUCAAAAACAGUACUUGUGUAUCCAUCACAUGUAUCAAUACAUGUACAUAUGUCAUUAUGUAUCAAUAUUGAUUUCAACGCAAAUUUUGUAUAUCCGGUGUCAUCAAAUAGGUAAAAGAGAAUCAAUUAUUUUAGCAGAAAUAUCAACGUGACGUUUAAUAUAAAAUCAUCCAUGAAUAUCUUGAUUUUUUAGAAAAUAUUGGUAUGCAAAUAAGAACUUUUUUUGUAAGUAUGAUCUAACGUGACAAAAAUUAAUUACAAAAUGUAUUUUCUUCAUUAUACUAAGAAAAGAAUGUUUCUUUGAGCAAUCAUACUCGAACUUCGAUUGAUUAUUCCACUCUCAUAAUAUCAACAGAAAAUUUUAGAUAUGCUUCCCAGGGCAUUCAAAACACGGCCCAAUCGAAGUUUGACUAUUAUUGCUUUUGUACAAAGUAUCUAAAUGUUAAUACUUGACGCUUCGCGCUGUUACGUGAUAAUUUCCCGAAGAAGUCAUAAAUGCAUAUUCGCUAGACGUGGCUCUAAAUGCUGCCAGACAACGCCAUUUUUUGUUACUAUUUAUAGUAACAUAGCUAUUACUAAAAAAAGAAUUAGGUAUAUUUUUGUGUCAGUCAUCGUUAUUGUAAACGCAUGUAGCGACUGUAAAAUACAUGUCAACUUCAUCUUGAAAGGCCUGUAUCUCCUUUGUUAUUAUUUUAUUAAGACAUGUGUAAUCAGAGCUUCAUUCAGCGGUAUGUUGCUAGAAGUGAUUUCGUUUUCUUUGUGGAUAAAUUAAUAAAAAAUGGCGAAAUCACA